AUGAGAUUGUUACAACCUUUAGAAAAACAUAGUGCUUUAAAGCACAGACAGUCUGUGCUUUAUUCGUGUACAAACAUUAGUAGACUAUUAACCAUCAUAAUAUCGAUAUACACAGUGAUCUUGGCGGUAUUUCUGCCGAUCGCACAUUGCCAACAGACAUUUGUACUGACCGAUGGUAUAAAGACCAACGGAGCUAUAGUUUCUGGGAAUACAAAUUACUAUCAUUUAUCAGCACAGUUGCAGAGUAGGUCAGGAGGACUCGAGGAAGUAUUUGCACGGGCGAUUGAUGAAAAUGAUGAACUGCGGAAAUUGUAUCCCAAGUGGGAUUCACUCAAGAAAUCUGCAUUCACUUCUCGAUCACUAGUCAGUCGACAAAAUCCGUCUCAAAAGGUUGCUUAUGUAUCUGUCUCUAUAUGUUCCCCGACUGCAGAUGCAAUACAAGUGUAUGUUGACAGUAGCCAGUUUCCUGAAAAGAAUCAAAGUGCCAUGAUACCAAUAGAUGAAGGAGCUGCACUUACCAUACAUCCAGCUGAUGGGUUACGUGUCGCAAUUAAAGCUAUUGAUCCUACUCGUAAGACGAAUUAUACUUAUGAGAUUGGUAUUUCGACAGCAGGGUAUCUGUACUACUUUAAUGAUACAGAAGGGUUUCAUCUGGACGAUACUGACUCGGCUAACGCUUUGCUAACAACAAGAGUGGCUGACGCGACGAGUAAUUUGGAUAACUAUGGAGCAAGCCUAGCCACCGGAUCUCUGAACAAUCUUUCGCGCUCACUUUGUGCUAUCAAGCAGUUGACUGUAGGAAACGUCCUGCAAAGGAACGCGACAAAUCGAGGCAACGGACAAGUAUCAUUUUAUUUUCGGGAGUUGAAUGCUCGUUCACAAUAUGUCGCUUUCUUGUAUUCGAAUGAAGGAAACACAGAGACGCUUUGGGCGCCGACUUUUUUGCAAACGAAACCUGUUAGUGGUUGCACCGUGAUAUAUAAUCUUCCCUUUUGUGACAAAGUGGCGUACGCAGUGCCGACAGGAGCUGGAAAAACCCCCAACGAGAUUGCGGCAAUCUACGACAACCUUGCCAAUAACACGUUCCAGAACUUUACAGAGAAUCUUCGUCAAUUUCCAUGCAAUGAAUCCUCAAACCAAGCCUCUUACUCUCUAGUACGUAACUGUGAUGACUGUCGUGCAGCAUACAAAGACUGGCUCUGCGCGAUUACGAUACCUCGUUGUACGGAUAGCAAUGCGGUAAAUGGAGUGUUAAGGCAAGGACGACCUCGCAAUGUUGUGAUAGAGCAAGCUCAAACAACUUUAAACUUUGGCGAUUAUAAAGAAAUAUCACCAUGCAUAGACUUGUGUUAUAAUGUGGUGCGGUCUUGUCCGGCUUUGUUCGGUUUUGGAUGCCCUGAGAAUAAGACACUUUUUAGUAGUUAUGGGGAGAGGUUAAAGAACGGAUCUUUUACCAAUGGGACAAACCUUUUAUGCAAUCCAAUGGAUCUUGAUUGGAGUUUCACUUCUGGGGUUAAUAGUCUAGUAUGGCAAUGGAUAACGUUGUUUACUAUAAUAGUGGCGGUUGCAAUGUUGUUAUAA